GGAAGAUGCCUGCGGUCAAGCUUCAACUUUGCUGCCCUUGUUUCAUUUGAUCGUAUUAUGUUGAUUGACUAUAUUGAUUCUUCUGCGGAUCUCCUCUAGUUUGGCAAAAAAGUGCGCGACGCCUGCUUCUCCAUACUCUCGCCAUGGCGCGAGUACCAGUGAUUGGUAGACUGUAUUGGUCUGAAUAUCUUGCUCUCAUUGGGUCUUUUAUUUUGAUGUUUUCCGGAUGGGUUAUUCAUCUUAUUACAUUCUGUCUUCCUGAUCCGGUCAUUCGCUUCUUCUACAACCGAUCGAAACGAAUUUUCACGGCCCUCGUUGCUCCUGAGAAAGACACACGCGACAAGAAGAACAACUUUGCCACUUCAAUUGCGCAGGCCUCGGACUUUGCAGAUAUCUGCGCACUGUUCGGUUACGAAGCCGAGGAACACAUCGUCCAGACCAAUGAUGGGUAUCUACUGGGUCUCCAUCGUUUAGCGUAUCGGAGAGGAGAAGAAGGAACCAGAGUAAAUCAGGGUGAAGGGAGUACCCGCAAGAAGGUCGCUUAUCUGCAUCAUGGACUCCUCAUGUGCAGCGAGGUUUGGGUCUGCCUGACGGACGAGCAACGAUGUCUACCCUUUCAACUGGUGGAAAGAGGAUAUGAUGUAUGGCUGGGAAAUAACCGGGGGAACAAGUAUUCGAAAAAGUCGGUCAAGCACUCGCCGUUAGCAAAUGAGUUCUGGGACUUCUCGAUCGAUCAGUUCGCCUUUUACGAUGUCCCCGACAGUAUCGAGUAUGUUCUUAAGGUGACAGAACAGCCUUCACUGUCGUAUAUUGGGUUUUCACAAGGAACCGCACAGGCAUUUGCUGCUCUUUCUAUCCACCCGACGCUGAACCAGAAAUGUGAUGUUUUCGUGGCGCUGGCGCCCGCAAUGGCGCCCUCAGGACUGUCGAACCGCAUCGUGGACUCUUUGAUGAAAGCCUCUCCCAUCUUCCUGUUCCUUCUCUUCGGUCGACGCAGCGUCCUUAGCUCUACGACAAUGUGGCAAAGUAUUCUCUACCCGCCGCUCUUCGUCUGGAUCAUGGAUUCUUCGCUAUCAGUGCUCUUCAACUGGAAAUGCAAGAACAUUCACCUAUAUCAGAAACUAGCCGCAUACUUUCACCUCUUCUCCUUCACCAGCACGAAAUCAGUGGUUCACUGGUUUCAAAUUAUUCGGAACCGCAGCUUCCAAUUCUACGACGACGAACUUCAGUCUCCGUUGAGUCUUGUGGCCACAGCGCGGUUCUACAAGCCCGUUAAAUACCCCAUCAAGAAUAUCAAGACUCCGAUCGUUUUGCUCUACGGAGAUAGCGAUAGUCUUGUUGAUAUCGAUUCGAUGCUUCAAGGACUGCCGCGGGGAACUAUUGCGAAACCGAUUCCCACAUACGAACAUCUCGACUUUUUGUGGGCCAAUGAUGUUGACAAGCAAGUUUUCGGCGACGUCUUUGAGGCGCUCGAGCGGCACAGUGUCCGCAGUGGUGUAUCAUCUAAUGGACCUAUUGAAGUAAAGGCCCGUAGUCAUGCUAAUCCUGAUAUCAAUGGUCAUUCUGACAAGGGUGCUAAGGCCACCCACUGAUCUAUGCUCCUAUCCGCUCCUAUGCAUUUUGCCCAUAAAUUUACUGAUAUUUCUUGCUUUUUCCGGCUUCCGGGGUUUAUUGGAAUUUUGCUUGGGAUUCCCUAGGUAUGUACAUACGUCGGGACCCGAUGUUAGAUACUGCAUGAUGCUUUUUGUUCUUGUGGUUAUUGAAUAGAUCUACGGUGUACCUAGUACUUACUCGCAUGGUACACAAGCCAUGCCGCAUAAAGCAUAUCAGAACAUGUCGUGGUACUCGGGU